AUGCUCCAAGCAGCUUUUGUACUUUGUCUAGUCAUCCUGCCCUGGUCGGCUGUUCCAGAAAUUCGGGUGCAGGAGUGUGAGUCGGCUGGCGACCAACCUGCGGCCGAGGAUGUCCCAUGGCAGGCAAUGGUUCAAUUUAAAAAAAUUGGCAUAUGCAACGGAGCUAUUUUGAACACCAACUACAUCCUAACUGCCCCGGAUUGCGUCAGAGACAAAGUACCAUCUGAUCUGGGGGUGCGAGUAGGCUAUCGUAGGCGGUACGAUGGAGAUUUCGCGGGAGUUUGCCAAGUAAUAAUCCAUCCCCAGUCCAGCAAAACAAAUCAGAGCAGCAAUCUGGCCGUGUUGAAGCUCUGCGAACCUCUGGACCCCUCUGAAACUAUCAAGGAAAUCGGCAUAAUCGACAAGCAGCCCAAAAACGGGGCUGAGGCGUUCAUCUCUGGAUACGGAUCCUAUAACAACUCGGUAUAUUAUUGCGACCCCCUUACUUUACGAAAGAAAGCUGUGCAACUGUACGAUCUAAAGGCGUGUGCCGCUGAGCGAAAGCUUUCCGCUCCGACCAUCAGCGUUACGGAUCUUAACUUUUGCGCCGAGAAGAAGGAGAGGUUAUGUUCCUUCUAUAAAGGUGCUCCACUGGUCGUAGAUGGCAAGCUGGCGGGCAUUUUGUCGUUUGGGGAUUGUUCCACGGAGCCCGAUGUCUUCGUCAAUGUGUUAUAUCACAAAAAAUGGGUGCAAGCCAAUACAAAGAUAUAA